GCUCAGUGAUAUGUGUUAUGGUUUUAAUAUUGCGGUAUCUUAAAUGUAUUCUCAUAUUUUAAAAACGAACAAAUUAAAGAUAAUUCACAUUUUUUUCAUCAAUCUUGCUUCAAUCUGUAGGCUAUAGUUGUCCGCAUAUUUCCAAGACCUGACAAAAACAUAAUCGAAGCAAGUACUGUAUAUAAAUGUAUCAAUACAAAUAUCGGUCAUGUAUACGGUAGCUUUUUAAUUUAAAAGGUUACUAAAAUCCAACAUAGCAAAAGCUGACAUGAUGGACUGAUCUACAAUAUUGUGUCGAAUCUGUCGUACCCGUUCACAGUCAGCAGAGCAAGAUGGCGGUCCCUACAAAACAGUAUGGACUCGUCUUGUCUCAGAAGAAAGGAUUGUCAAAGACCGUGCAGAAACAUUCAGUGUUCGAUGAUGACUCUGAUGAUGAGACCACUGUUGGGGAGACUCUGCAGAAAGAAGCUGUCAAAAAGAAGAUGAUGAAGCAGACACGUUUGGAGAUGCAUAAAGCCCUGGAAGAGGACAGCACUGUAUAUGACUACGAUGCUGUGUACGAUGACAUUCAAAAACAGAGACUUGAAAGCAACAAGAAAAUGUUGGGAGGUGUUGACAAAAAGCCAAAAUACAUCCAUCAGUUAAUGAAAGCAGUCGAGGACCGAAAGAAAGAACAAGAACGAAGGGAUGAGCGGAAGAUCCAGAAGGAAAGAGAGGCAGAGGGAGAGCAGUUUGCUGAUAAAGAUGCUUACGUUACAUCCGCCUACAAGCAAAAACUGCUGGAGCAGAAGGAGGAGCUGGAGAAAGAGAAAAGACAGGCAGCGAUGGAAGCGGCUUUGGAUGUGAAGAAACAAAAAGACCUGAGCGGCUUCUACCGGCACCUGCUGAAUCAGACUGUAGGAGAGGAGGCGAUUCCUGAUCACUCAGCGAUCAAAACUGAAAACUCAAAUGUUUCAAUACACACGGAGAGGAUGUCACCUGUUCCCUCAUCUACAGCCCAUGACAAUAUCCCAAGUUCAUGCAGCGACAGUGAGGAGGGACAUGAGCAGAAAGCUGGGUUUAGCAAGCCCGGGGCAGGCCUCGCUCACUCAAAACGUCAAUACAGACAGAGGUCCCCUUCAUCGGGAAGCGGAGAGGAGAAGGAGAGAGAGAAGGAAAGAGAAAGACAUAAGAAGAGCCACAGAGAUCAAGACAAAGACAGAGCACGGGACAAAGAUAGAGACAGAAACAGAGACAGGGGAAGGGAAAGGGAUGAGAGGCAUGGAGGAAGGAGAGAUGACAGGGAUGGAAGGAGAGACAGAGACAGAGGCCGAGAUGAUGACAGAAAUAGAGGAAAGGACACAGACAGGGAAGAUAGGCACAGGAAGAGGGAUAGGAGCCCUAGGGAGAGAGAGAGGGAUAGGAAUGGGGAAAGGGAGAUGAGGAGGAAUCCAGAUGAAGACAAGCGAAAGGGUAAAGUUCAGGAAGAAGAGAAGGACAAAAAGAAGGAACCAGAAAAGGAGAAAGAAGUAAAGAGGGAAGAAAAAGAUCAGGAAAAGAAGGAAGCAGUCAGAGAGGACACAAGGGAAAAAGACAAUGAACAUAAUCCUGAAGGUGAGGGGACUGAGGGAACAGAGGAGAAGGGAAACAAGUUUGCAAAGCGCAGCACGGAUCAGGUUGUGAGUACGGCUAGAGAGAGAUACCUGGCCAGACAGAUGGCACGCUCGGCUUGUAAGACGUAUAUCGAGAAGGAUGAGGAUUGACAGCAUUGACAUAAACUUCAUAAGGCUGAUGAAAAUGUCAUUUAUUUAUUUCUCAACAAAUCAAAUAAAAAGAUCAGAACCAACAUAAGUUAGUUUGCUCUUCUGUCAAUGCCUUCUGGAUGUAAAUCUUCAAAACUGAUUUUCUUUUCAAGGCUCAAUGAUUUCCUAAUGCAUUAGGUUACUGUAGUAGAGCUGCAAAGAUAAGUCAGCUUCUCCAUAAUUCUUAUCAACAGGAAAAUAAUUGACUACUGUUUUGAUAAUCGAUUAAUCAUAAAGUCAUUUUUCUUGUAAAAAUGUCGGCAAAGAUUUCUUGUAUUUGUUUGUUUGAAAUAAUAUUAAACAACUUCUUUUUGGGUGGUGGACCGACGUACGACAUUUGCAGACAUCCCCUUUGAAUUUAAGAGACAUUGAAGGACAUUUUCCACUGGUUUCUGAAAUGUUACAGACCAAAGGAUUAUUUGAUUAAUUUAGAAAAUGAUCGAUAGACAAUUAUUACAAGUUGCGGCCCUUCAUUGUUAGCAAAUGUUCCUCAAACAUGAAUAAAAAGUGCAUUUGGUACACUAUCGAGUAUUUACAGCAAUCAAUAGUUUGUUUUUGAAUUAAAAUGAGUGCAACCCUUGUCUUUUUGAUGAAAAGCUUUGGAUAACAAUAGAAGUAGCUGUGACAAUAUUCAAUUAUGCCAGGCUUUGGCUAUGCAGAAUUGUUGGUAUGAACGAUUUUAGUCUUUCAUUGGAUUUGUUGGCGAAAAAGAAAAAUGUAAUAAAACUUCUCCACUACACACUGCAGAGGGUUGAUUCAAACAGCAGAGUGUGCUCAUGGUCUCUAGUGACAGGCGAGAAAGAGAACUGGACAGUAAUGUCUUUCUUUCUUUGGGAGUUUUGAUUUAUAAUUGUGAAAUAAGAACACUGACUUGUAAGUAUGAGUUUUGACGGAGAGCCCCUCUUCACACACACAGGAAUGAGGAGAAUGUAUAUAGGAAAUGUUAUUAUAAUAUAGAGGAUAUGUGGAACAACAUGUGAGACACUGGUUUGAAUGCUUUUGUAUCUUUCCCAUGUAAUCGGUGAUGAAUUAAUAAAAUGAUUUCUGUUCCACCUUC